AAUGCUAAGGAAUGAUGCAGGAGCAUGUUUUCUUAUUUUGUUGAAAAGAUCCAUCAUGUGAGAGAGAUGCUGCCUUGUACGGAGAGGGUUUUAUUUUAUAUUAACAACUGGUGAAUCAGCUACAGCCACACUACAGUUUAGGCUAGAUCAGGGUAAUGUGUUAUGUUUCUUCUUCUUCACUUGGUGAUGACCUCUCAGCAUCUGAAUGUGAAAGCAAGAUGUCCUAGAGCUCUGUUGCAGCGGGGGAUGCAGGCAGUCAGAGCUAGAGGUGAGGGGCUCAUACUCCACACAGUACAUCAGGGUGGCAGGGAUUUUUACACUCAAGGCCUCCUUUCCUCAGCCAGCUUCAGCUCCAGGACCAUGGCACAAAAGGCUCCCAUUGACCCCACCAAGAUGGGAGAGGGUCGGGCGAUUGCGGUGUUGACCUCAGGAGGCGAUGCCCAGGGUAUGAAUGCAGCUGUGAGGGCCACAGUUCGAGUGGGACUUUACACUGGAGCCAAGGUGUAUUUUGUCCAUGAGGGUUACCAGGGUCUGGUGGAUGGAGGAGACAAUAUUCGCCCUGCUACUUGGGAGAGUGUGUCAAUGAUGCUACAGCUGGGUGGGACUGUGAUUGGUAGUGCCCGCUGUCAAGACUUCCGUACCAAAGAGGGACGCACCAAGGCCGCCUGCAACUUGGUCAAGCUGGGCAUCACCAACCUGUGCGUGAUUGGAGGUGACGGCAGUCUGACGGGUGCCAACCAGUUCAGAACAGAGUGGAGCGAGCUGCUGGCCGACCUGGUCAAAGCUGGUAAGAUCACCCCAAGUGAGGCCAAAGGUUCCUCCCAUCUCAAUAUCGUUGGCAUGGUGGGCUCCAUUGACAAUGACUUCUGUGGCACUGACAUGACCAUCGGCACGGACUCUGCGUUGCAUCGCAUCAUAGAGAUAGUGGAUGCCAUCACCACCACAGCACAGAGUCACCAGAGGACCUUCAUCCUGGAGGUAAUGGGUAGGCACUGUGGAUACCUGGCUUUGGUGACAGCUCUGGCCUGUGGCGCUGACUGGGUGUUCAUCCCAGAGAUGCCCCCAGAUGAGGGAUGGGAGGAGCAUCUGUGCAGAAGACUGACAGAUCAAAGAAGCCGUGGCUCCCGUUUGAAUAUUAUCAUUGUUGCAGAGGGAGCGAUGGACCGCAAAGGUAAACCUAUCACAUGUGACCAAAUCAAACAGCUGGUAUCAAAGAAGCUAGGCUUUGACACCCGUGCCACCAUCUUGGGCCAUGUGCAGAGAGGAGGAACCCCUUCUGCCUUUGACAGAAUCCUGGCCAGCAGGAUGGGUGUGGAAGCUGUAAUGGCUCUGCUGGAGGCCACGCCAGACACUCCUGCGUGUGUUGUCAGCUUGUCUGGAAACAUGGCUGUCAGGCUGCCCCUCAUGGAGUGUGUGCAAGUGACCAAAGAUGUCACCAUAGCCAUGGCUGAAGGGAGGUUUGACGAAGCAGUGAAGCUCAGGGGAAAGAGCUUUGAGAACAACUGGAAUACUUACAAAAUGCUGGCUCAUGUGCACAUCCCAGAUAAAAAGAGUAACAUCAACAUUGCCAUAUUGAACGUGGGAGCACCGUGUGCUGGAAUGAACGCUGCAGUUCGUUCAGCUGUCAGGAUCGGGCUCCUCCAGGGCCACCAGAUGCUGGCAGUGCACGACGGCUUUGAGGGCUUGGCUCAUGGAAUGAUUGAGCCUAUCGGUUGGUCUGGAGUGGCAGGAUGGACUGGAAAGGGGGGCUCCAUGCUGGGCACAAAGAGGUCCCUGCCACAUGAGUUCAUGGAGGAGAUCAGUCUGAGCAUCACUAAGUUCAACAUUCAUGCUAUAGUCAUUAUAGGAGGCUUUGAGGCAUUUGUUGGGGGUCUGGAGAUGGUGCAGGCUAGAGAGAAAUACGAGGAACUUUGUAUUCCCCUUGUCGUUAUUCCUGCUACUGUCUCCAACAAUGUUCCUGGGUCUGACUUCAGUGUUGGCACUGAUACUGCGCUUAACACCAUAACCAUGACAUGCGACAGGAUCAAACAAUCUUCCGCUGGCACCAAGAGAAGAGUGUUUAUUAUUGAGACUAUGGGAGGAUACUGCGGCUACCUAGCAACCAUGGCUGGCUUGGCAUCUGGAGCUGACGCUGCUUACAUUUAUGAGGAGCCAUUCAACAUUCAUGACCUAGAGGUGAAUGUGGAACAUCUGGUGGAAAAGAUGAAGACCACAGUGAAGAGAGGACUGAUUCUGAGAAAUGAGAAUAGCAAUCCCAACUACACCACAGACUUUAUCUUCAACCUGUACUCAGAGGAGGGCAAGGGUGUGUUUGACUGCCGGAAGAAUGUACUUGGACAUAUGCAGCAGGGGGGAACACCAAGUCCCUUCGACAGGAAUUUUGGCACCAAGAUGGGGAUGAAGUCUGUGCUGUGGUUGACCAACAAGCUGAAGGAAUGCUACAGACAUGGUCGUAUAUUUGCCAACUCUACAGAUUCAGCCUGUGUGCUGGGCAUGAGGAAGAGAUCUUUGGUCUUUCAGCCUCUGGCAGAACUUAAAGAACUCACUGACUUUGAACACCGUCUUCCAAAGAUACAGUGGUGGCUGAAGUUGAGGCCCAUCCUGAAAAUCCUGGCCAAGUACAAGAUCAGUCUGGACACCACUGAAAAGGCUUCGCUGGAACAUGUCAUCAAGAAGAGAGGCUUAGUUCCUCAGUAGCCUUUCUGUGUGAUUGUCCUUGCCUUCGGAACCUGAUUCAUGAUGACCUGACUUUUUUCUGUUAAAAGCACUUUAUAAAGUCUGUCCCUGUAAAGUGCAGAACAAAUAAAUAAUUAGAAGAUAAAACAGAUAAUAUUUAUGUCACCAAAAUCACAGCAAGUCUCACAAUUAACAAUCAAAAGCCACACAGAUUAUUCUUUUUACAGAAAACAUUUACGCUGUGCUGUGAGGUACAAACUGAAGGUAUUUGUGUGAUGUAGUCUAUUUUAGAGCUGUCUCCAUUCACAGAAGCUUGUGUUUCCACGCCACUGCAGCUGCUGGACACCACUAAAAACUGUGGUGUUGGUCUGUCUUGUCUGUGCACCUCAACUCUACUUUCUGUCCCUCUAUCUUUGUCUCAAAUAUAAAUUAAAUACACAUUUCCAAUUACCAUCUUUUUUUCCAUUUCGAUUUCCUGUCAACUAUACACACUUUUUAAGAGAAAUCAGGGAUCUCAUCAAGCAGUGUGUCCUGAAGUGCCGAUCCGUUGGAUGGUAAAUCAUUUUUUAUCAGAAUUCCAUUUCGAGGAAAUUGACUUGGGUCCAAAUUUGCUCAGGCAUUGGCAUUAGAAAUCAUUGCAAAUUGAUAAAUACUUGGACCCUAUUCUUUGUAUGUGAAUAAAUGAAUUAGAAUGGUUUGAGGGAUUUUCUUACAAAACAAAAGAUUAUUGUUCUGCUUAAUUUCACUAACUCUUUUCAUCAACUCAUGGAGCUCUGCAUGCUGUAAGAAUCUGCUUGUAUAGCCUAUCUAUUUGGAUUCAGCUCAUUUGUGGAUAGGGCUGCUACCUGACACCCAGAGAGCAACCCCCUGCCUGAGUUGGAUCUUUACCUGUCUUCCAGCAUGCGGCUUCUAAAUCAUUCUGAAGCUACUAGAUGUGUGACUGUUUUAAAUAAAUAGCUCAGAUUAAAGCACA